UAGGGAGAGAAAUCUGUUGAUAUCAUGGAAAAAUGGAAUCACAGUACCACCUCUCUCACACAUUUUGUUAUUGCAGGAAUUCCAGGACUCCAAGACAUGGGGACAAGGACUACCCUGUUUUUGCUUUUUCUUGUCAUAUACAUCAUCACAGUCACAGAGAACAUUGUUUUCAUUAUUGUAAUAAAAUCUGACCACACUCUGCAUUCACCAAUGUACCUGUUCAUUGGCAACCUGGCCUUCGUGGAUCUUCUUAUUCCUUCUGUGACCAUACCAGAGAUGUUACACUAUUUAAUAACAGAGGAUGGUAAUAUUGCCUUUGGCCCAUGCAUUACACAGAUGGGUUUUUAUCUGACUUUUUUAUUAGCAGAAGGUUUCACUUUGGUUGUCAUGUCUUACGAUCGCUACCAAUCCAUAUGCAACCCAUUGCAUUAUCAUACAGUCAUGACCAUCAAACAUGCCUUCAUGUUAUCUGCUUUAUGCUGGACAAUAGGUAGCAUUUAUGCAGCAACAUAUGUAUACCUAGUUUUCACUAUUCCUUUCUGUGAACGAAACAGGAUUGAAUAUUUCUGUUGUGAUUAUAUGUCCAUUACACUACUGGCUUGUGCUGAUAUAUCAUUUCAGAAUAUAUUUGAUAAGAUUGUUUCCCUACUUUUAAUUGUAGUUCAGUUAUUUCUUAUUCUGUUCUCCUAUGGAAAGAUCAUUGCUGCAGUGUUAAGAAUAACAUCUACUGAGGGUAAAAAGAAAGUCUUUUCCACCUGUGCCAGCCAUCUUCUUGUUAUCUGUGUUUUCUACUUGGUUUUAGCCUUUGUUUUAGUUUCUUAUUCAGUGCAAGGGCUUUCCGAACAAGUGCGUACUUUGGCUGCGAUAGUCCAGAACAUUGUCCCUUCUUUUGUCAAUCCAAUCAUUUACUGUGUAAAAACAAAAGAAAUCAGGACUAGUAUUACAAAGCUUGCCAAAAAAUUUAAGCUUGGAUCAUUGUGUUUUUAG